AUGGGUUUCGAGGGGCCUUCGCCCUCGCUCUCCGUCCUCGUUCGCUUCCGGAGGCGGCACCCGGAGCCCGUACGCCGUUUUGACCGGGAGGAAACCAAGGCUCGGAGCUCGACCAUCGUCCAGGGCCCACCGCACCCAGGGGGUGUGCGGGUCCCGCUGCUCCCGCGGAGCAGCUCCAACCACCAGUUUCUCGACCAGCCAGUAGGAGGAAGACUGGACAGGUGUAUUAGACUCAGGAACAUCUUAUGCAAAUACUUAGAGGGCGGUGUGACCUUUGAGGAUGUGUUCGUGUACUUCUCCCUGGAGGAGUGGGAGCUGCUGGAGGAACCUCAGAGACUCCUGUACCGCAGUGUGAUGCUGGAGAACUUUGCACAUGUGGCCGCCUUGGGUUGUUGGUGUGAAGCAGACAACGAGGAGGCCCCUUCCGAGCAGAGCGUUUGUGUAGAAGGAGUGUCAGAGGUCAGGACUCCUGGGUCCUGUCCAUUUAUCCAGAAAGUCCAUCCGUAUGAGAGAAGUGACCCGCUCUUGAAAGACAUUUUCCACCUGGCUGAACACCAGGGUUCAUGCCCUGCACAGAACCUGGACACACGUGACCCCUGUGGGCGAGGAUUCCUGUUGAGUGAGAACUUUCAUCAGCACCAGAAACCACAUGGUGGGAACACCAUCCAAGGGGAUGGUGAUGAGGCCUCAUGUGUGAAGAGCUGUGCCACCUAUGAGUUAGGGAGACCUCUUACUUGCAGGGGGAAAGGGAUGGACGUGCUGGAUAGCUCUAGCCUUUUCCAGCAUCAGAGCACUCACAGUGGACUGAGUCCAUGCAGAAGAGCUGAGUUUGUGGAAUCAUUUGCACACAAGUCCAGUCUAAGGCGACACCAGGGAGACAGUGAUGAACUGAUGUUUUUCAAUUGCACUGAUGAUGAGAAAGCCUUCAUGAACGCCUUCACUCUCCUCGACAACCAGAUAACUCAGGCGGUUGAAGUGCGAUCCUUUAGGUUCCUACCUUGUGGAAAUCUGUCCAAGGAGAAAUCCACUCUUAUUCAUCACAGAAAACUUCAUGAUGGGGAAACAUCACAUGUGUGUACGGAGUGUGGCAAGGCCUUCAUUCACUUGUCUCACCUAAAAACUCACCAGAAAUUUCACACUGGCAAAAGACAAUAUGCAUGCAGUGAAUGUGGAAAGGCCUUCAGCCGCAAAGACACACUUGUGCAGCACCAGAGAGUUCACACUGGAGAAAGGUCUUAUGACUGCACUGAAUGUGGAAAAGCCUACAGCAGAAGUUCUCACCUCGUUCAGCACCAGAGAAUUCACACCGGAGAAAGGCCUUAUAAGUGCAGUGAAUGUGGGAAGGCCUUCAGUCGUAAAGACACACUUGUGCAGCACCAGAGAUUUCACACAGGGGAGAGGCCUUAUGAGUGCAGUGAAUGUGGAAAAUUCUUUAGCCAAAGCUCUCACCUUAUUGAGCACUGGAGAAUUCACACCGGGGCGAGGCCUUAUGAGUGCAUUGAAUGUGGAAAAUUCUUUAGCCAUAACUCCAGCCUCAUUAAACAUAGGAGAGUCCACACAGGAGCAAAGUCUUAUGUGUGCGGCAAAUGCGGGAAGGCUUUUGGCUGCAAAGACACACUUGUUCAGCACCAGAUAAUUCACACUGGUGCACGGCCUUAUGAGUGCAGUGAGUGUGGAAAGGCCUUUAGCUGUAAAGAUACACUUGUGCAGCACCGGAAAAUCCACACUGGAGAAAGGCCUUAUGAGUGCAAUGACUGUGGAAAAUUCUUUAGCCAUAGCUCCAACCUGAUUGUGCACCAGAGAAUUCACACUGGAGCGAAGCCUUAUGAAUGCAGUGAAUGUGGGAAAUGCUUUAGCCAUAAUUCCAGCCUCAUUCUACACCAGAGAGUUCACAGUGGAGCAAGGCCUUAUGUGUGUAGUGAAUGUGGAAAAGCUUACAUUAGUAGCUCCCACCUUGUUCAACACCAGAAAGUUCACACUGGAGUGAGACCUUAUGAGUGCAGUGAAUGUGGGAAAUUCUUUAGCCGCAACUCUAGCCUCAUUCUACACCAGAGAGUUCACACUGGAGAAAAGCCUUACGUGUGCAGUGAAUGUGGGAAGGCCUAUAGCAGAAGCGCCCAUCUUGUUCAGCACCAGAAAGCUCACCCUGGAGAAGGACGUCAUGAAUGCAACAGUUUUGGUGACCCUUUAGCUGCGUCUCUUAAACUUGUUUAACACCCAGAAACUU